AUGAAAGAUAAUGAUACUAAUGAUCAUGAUGAAGAUGAGGAUUUAAAUACGGGUGAUGGCAGGGAUACUGCCGAUGAACAACAACAAUUCAGUACUGUUAAUAAUUCGUUAGAUGAUGACCGUCGUUCUAAUAUAAAUACUGAAGAACAACAAAAUGCCACAGAAAAUUUGAAAGCUACCGUUAAUAUCAAUGGCGUUGCUGUUGAUCACUUUCACCAGAACUCUGAUGUGGACGAGGAAUAUACUUCUCAGUGCAAUAAUAACGACAUUCAUGGUUUCAUUGCAUACUCCUCGGAUAAUAGCAUGAUUGAGUUAAAUCUGAAAUUUCGCAAGUGCACCUGCAAUGAAAACAGUAUUAACAUUUCUAAAGAAAAUCUUCAAGACGUGCAACGUAGCAAUUCAACAGGUAUGACGGAUUCUUCGAAUGUACCACCUAAAGGCAUUUCGGAUACUGGUGUGUUCAAAAAAGAAGGUAAAAGAAAAAUGUUACCAUUAGACAGGGACAACUUAAAUAGCUUAAUGAAUAAGCUGAAUAAUUCUACGAACAACUUAUCCUCAUCUUGUACAAAGUGUAGAUUAUCGUUAGACGUGAAGCAUAUAUUGAAACAAAUCAUUAAUACUAAAACGAAAAAUGAUUCUUCGGCUGUUGAGGAUUCAAAUUCGCCUUGUAGAGAGGACUCGUACCCUUGUCCGCCAGCGUGUCGUUUAACAAUCGAUGAUUCAAUGUUAGGCCUACGAGCCGAUUCGCUGGUUGGAAGUUCAACGUCUCCACUUCCCUCUCCUAAUUCCCCAACACCGAUACUUGGUUGUCUUGAGCGACGUCACAGCGAAACAGUAGAACGACGUUCGAUCGGAAUACAACAUGCAUCUAAACAAAAUCGAAAACGAGCUCCUCUAUUGCGUUCGCUAGGGCGAAGCAUUGCACAGGCGGAAGAAAUUAUAAUAAUUUCUGAUGAAUUCAGAAGACAGUCGUUACGCGAUCAGCAAUCCAUACGAGUGCAAAGAAGCCCGAAAAAAAUAUCUAAAUCCAUGGAAAGUAUUGACAAGCGAAAUUCAUUAACACUAUCAUUGCAACCAGUGGAAAUACGAAAUUUGCAAAUGCCUCGCUCAGUGCAUGGAGUUGAUCAAACUGAUGAUAUGCUCACAAUUGUAGUCAAUGCUGUUGAUAAACGAAAGGAUGGAAAAACUUCUAAAUCAAUAUCAAAAUCCGUUGAUGAUAUUUCUUUCGGUUCGGAUCAAGGAGAAGAAAUACAUUCCCAUUCUAAAUCAUCGGAAGGUGGCCAUGACGAUGUUGAAUUGAUUUUUAUCUCUGAAGAAUUUGUCAAACGUAAAUCUAAAUCAAGCUCAGAUGUUAUUAUUGUUGAAAAUGCAGGAAGUAAUAGCGUAGAAAAGCGGAAAAUAUCAUCUAUCAUCUCCAAUAGGGACUCUAGUACAGAGGGGCGUAUUGUGAAAUCAGCAACAAUACCGGUAUCGUCGUCUUUUAGUGCAAAGACAAAAAAUGUCCGUCGUAAAACGACCAUAUCUAACUCAAAUAGUUUUUUAACUUAUGAGGAACCAUUUUCUCCUGAAACACUGGAAAAUAAAGACAUUGGUCAGUUGUUUGCAGAAGCAUCGGUAGAUUAA